GCGCGUCCUUGGUGGCGGCGCCCGGCGGCCACGUUGACAGGGCGGGAGCGGGGCCGCGCCGCGUACCGUACCGUAGCGCAGGGCAGGCUGGGCGCUGGCCGUUGCUCGGCGUCAGGGUGUGGGUGCCCGGUGCGGAGCGGGGCCGCUGGCACAGUAAAAAUGUCUUCGCCUCCCAAAGAGAAAGCAGAGACGCGGGCCGGACACCCUCCUGCUGUGAAAGCUGGUGGGAUGCGGAUUGUGCAGAAACACCCACACAAUUCUGAUGCCAAAGAAGAAAAAGAUAAGGAUGACCAAGACUGGGAAACCAGCAGCCCACCUAAACCAACGGUGUUCAUCUCUGGUGUCAUUGCUAGGGGUGAUAAGGACUUCCCUCCAGCUGCAGCUCAGGUGGCUCAUCAGAAACCACAUCCUUCUGUGGAAAAGCUUCCUCACCCACAACAUGUCAAACAGCACAUCCACCAGCCUCGCAAGUGAGCUCUCCAUCAAAGUCUCAGCCAAAUGGUCGUCAGUGAAUAAGUUUUUGAGAAGACAAAAACCCUUUAGGAUUCAUGCUGUCAAAUCAGUAAAAUUGACCUCUAAAAUAAUAUGCUGUUUCUUUCACUUUAAUUCUCAAGGGUUAAUAAGAAUGAAAAUGUUCAGUUGUUAUCCUAGAUGGAAAAUUCUCUGUUAAGCGUUUGCUGAUCAGGGGUGGGUUUUUUUAAUAAGAUUUUCUUACUGCCAAGAUAAAACUUCAGUAUGAAUACUAUGAUCAAUGAGCUUAAAACUUGUACUUUUAGUUGUGGCAUUGCAAUAGCAGAUAGUUAAUGUAGUUUUUAUGCUAAGCCGGUAAGGAAGAAUAGCCCUUUUGUACUGGUACCUUUACUAUCUGGAGGGAGUUGUGUGUGUUGCGACAGAAAUCGGUGGUUGUCUUGAUUACGUAGAACCCUUGCGUCUUCAGUAUCCUACGGUGUUACACCCCAGUGACUGAGCUCUCUGAUUUCAACUAGUGAGAUGAUAAAAGGGUCUGAAAACAUUCUCAAGUGGGCAGAAAUCCAGCUGAAUCUUCUUUACACCCCUUUGCACUCACACAGUCUUGCUGAGAGUCUUCUGUUUGGAGGCCUGUGAGUACGGAGAGGGGUGAGAAAUCAGAGUUACAAGAACACUGCUGCUGAAGGCAAUUGAUUUGUGAUCUCAUGGGUCUCACUGGGGGCUGUAUGUUUUGAGGUGAUGAUUUCUCAAUUCCAAUAGCAAGCUGAAGGAACUCAGGACCCUCCAGAAUUGAACUUACAAUAAAGUGGCAAAAAAUCUGUUUUAUUUUUUAACUUACAGUUUGAGAUUAACUUACUGUUUGAAAUUAAGAGAUACCAUUAGUAAAUGUGUUUAACUUUAUGACCCAACCUCUGUUGCACAUUUAUUUUUUUCUAGUUUUCUUAUUGUGAAUAAGGACAGUAGUGAUACGAGGGAAUAAAAAAAUUACUUUUCAUAUAGAGGAAUCUGAUUAGUUUUGGCCACAUAAUUAAAUCUUUUGAUUGCACAGUUCAAAAUCACUUAGCUCUGUCAUUUUCCUUCUGCAACUUAUCUCUGUAAAACCCAGGAAAAUAAUUUUUUAAACAUUCCAUCUAGAUUUUUAAAGCGUACUUCUGUUUUUAACUGACUAUAAAUACAGUACAGCCUUUAGUACCCUCCAGGUUUAUAAAACUUCUAAUAAUGUCAAAAAAGUGGGUACUGGAGCUAGUGCUGCAAACAUUCACCUGGCAAAUCAAUGAAAGCUUGGGGUCACUUGGAGCUUUACUAGUCCAUUUAUAUUUAAAAUCAAAUAGUAUAAAAACCAGUGAGGAGAGUUUUAAAAAUACAUUUUUAAAAAAAAAAAUCUGCAGAUUAAAUAAUUCCCUGAGUAGCUGAUUUCAAACAACAACAACAAAAUCAUGUGAAAUAUGGCCCAUUUCACAAGUGGAAUCACUCACUUCAUGUGGAUGAGAGGGACAUGGCAUUUCCAUCUCUUCAUAGGCUUGAAAUGGAAAUGAUGUUUUGCAAAGGAUAUGCAUGGAUAUGUUUAUUCUACACCCAAGAAAGGAUGUUCAAUCUGUAUAUGCAGCCCUUACUUUCAAUUUAAUUAGAUAACCGUACUUGCCUUAAGGAAUGAGCGUUGUUUAUAAGAAUUAUUCUGUAUUAGAAUGUACAUAAUUUUAAAAAUAUGCUUCCUGUUUCUGAUAUCAGUACGCCUGAGGCCUUGUUUGUAGCCGCUCAUGAGGGUAGCAUUGUCAAGCACCGUGGAAUAUCUGCACGAGGUAAUUUGCUGGGAGGAACGUUUGCAGAUUCAGGACAGAAAGUGGUGGCAUCUUGCUGAUGGCGCAGCCAGUAGCUGUCAGUGUGCUGUGUCAGCGAUGAAGCAGAUCAUCACAGUCGCUUGGUACCUGUGGCUGCUGGCUUGAGAGUGAGCUGCAUAGUCUUGUGCCUACGUCUGAAGUAGUGUCUAGAUUCUAGCUGUAGUCAAUGGUGAUGUAGUCAAGACAGUUGGUACAGUUUAGGUAUGGCGUCUUCAACCAAAUGGAAGUGUCUUUCAAGGUGAGCUGGAUCACUGCAGUGGAAAACUAAACGUACCUCAGUGUAGAAGCACAUGAUUAGGUGGGGCUGGGUACCCCUACUCUGUGUCUAGUAAUAGCUGGCAGAAAUGCAUAUUUCUGUCUUCUGAAAGCAACACCACAUUUCCAUUCUCAUGCUAAAAGUUAGGAACAUGGAUGCUUCUGAAUUAUGAACUACUGCUUCUGGUUGUUAAUGCAAUAUAUACAGCAUAUAUAGACAAUACCUGAAUUUUGUCUUUGAUUACUUAAGAUGGAUAUGUGAGUUUGUACAAUGGGGUAUGACUCUCAAGAUAGCAUUAGUGGCUUUUAGAGUGCAGGAAUUUCUAUAUGGUUAGAAAAUGUCUCUGUAUGAAAGCAUAUUAUAUAUUGUUGGGAGGUAUCCAUGUUUAUACAUAGGCGUCCUUACCAAAGCAUUACUUUGUCUAAAAUAAAGAAUCAUAACUGGUGAUCUGGAUUGCCUACUGAUGGUUAUUGAUGCUUUUAAAGUAUGUUACGCUAAUGUGCAAGCACAUGUGAUGUUUGAUGUUACCUUCAAAUUAAUGUAAAAGAAAUUUUCUGUAAUUGUCAAUGUGGCAAUAAUGCAACAAUAAAGCAUGAAGUUGUA